UGGAGAAGGGCGUUCCGCAGGGACAGGACUGAACAAACUCCUUAGGGACCUUCAUUCCCAGGGCGGAGUGGCACGGAUUGGGGACCCGGUGGGGCAGCCCGGAGGAGGGCAGAACGGACAGACAGACCGUUACCCGCGAGGGUGAACCUGUCUACGAGGCUGGGACAGGUUAUGAGGCGUAAGAACCCAGUUUCAACCUAGUAGUAUGACCAAAAAAACGCCAUCUCAAUACUGGUUUCUGUUUGCUUUGCACUGACCCUGUGGGUGAAGAUCUCCUGCGCUGAUGCUUCAUCUGAGUAUGUUCCAUCGUCAGGUGUUGCUUCACCAGGUUAACAAAUAUGGAGUUUUCCACAAUUUAGAGAAGAGUCCCAAUGAUUAUUAAAAUUCUGGACUAAUUCUGGACUGGAUUUGUUAGGAAAGGAAAACCAGGACUGUACCAGGAAAGAAAAGGUAGAUGGACUAUAAGGCAGUUGCCCAACAAACUUCCCAAGAAGUUUUUGGUUAUAAUCAAGAGACAUCUGGCUGGAAAGUGAUUAAAAAUUCAAUAACUGUCUCCAUCAAGGCUUCUAAAAGAUUUGUUGGAAAUCUAUAUCGUGUUGAAGUAGUAAUUCCAGAAUCAUCGACUAAAUUAUCUGAUUUCCUCUACCAGCCUAGGAACAGGAUUACAUGGGACAAAUCAUUAAAAGCAUACAAUGUGAUACACAGCAUUGAUUCGGGCACAUUAAUAUGUCAUACCAUUACACAGAGUUUUGCCAUGGGCUCAAUCUCCCCCCGAGACUUUAUCGACGUAGUGCACAUCAAGUACUAUGAAGGGAAUGUGACCAUUAUCAGUUCUAAAAGCGUGGAUUUCCCAGGAUAUCCUCCAACUUCUGAUUAUAUCCGUGGUUAUAACCAUCCUUGUGGCUACGUAUGUUCACCUCUGAAAGAAAACCCAGCAUAUUCCAAACUAGUGAUGUUUGUUCAGACAGAAAUGAAAGGAAAACUGCCCCCAUCAGUAAUUGAAAAAACCAUGCCUUCCAACUUAAUAAACUUUGUCCUCAAUGCAAAAGAUGGACUAAGGACAUGUAAAGCUUCAUCAGGAUGUGGGAAUCAUAACACCCAUUCAACAUCCCCGAAAAAGAAAUAAGGUCAUUCUACUAUUAAAUCAUAAAGACUGUAAAAACGUCUAUCCUGGAAGUCCCUUUAUGAGUGUCUUUAUGAGGUAUGAGAAAGAAUCAGAUAAAUGCCACCACCAAGUAUCAUCCAAUGGAAGACAGCCUUAGAAAAAUAUUACAGUGUCUCCUCAUUCACCUUAUUCACCAGAUCUUGUACCAUGUAACUUCUGGCUUUCCCCUA